UGGACAAAUCAACAAGCGGCCCGUGUUGAGGUCGAUCUUCUUUCUUAAUUAUUGUUUGUAAUACUUUUCGAUAAGUUUAAUGCAGCCCUAAAUAUUACCUUUCAUCUCUUGAAGAUAUUUGUAUUCAUCUUUUAUCUUUUAAACGUAGGAAAUUGUGUUAAGAAAAGAUUUAUCGGAGUGACAGAUGUUUCAGUGAUAAAUCGCGCCAGUUUUUGACUAAUUUCAUAAAAAAAACUUAAAAAUGGAAGAAUCGACUGUCCAAAAUGCAUCUGAUGUUGGUACUGAAAACCAAGUAACAGGUCCGGUUGUGGAGAAGGUAGAUGUCACCUUGGAAGCCGAUACUUCCCAAUCCUUGUUUCCCGAGAGUCCGGUGUAUGAACCUGAUGAAGUAGACACUGGAAUCCUGGAGAAGGAGACUGCACUGGAAGAAUCUGAAGCUGCAGGUGAUCCGCCAAUAACAGUGAAAAGAAAACUAUCCGACGAAGUUCCUGAAAGUGAUGCGAAAGUACAGAAAUUAGAAAUCAUAGAUAUAACCGAUGAAACUAUGAUAUCCACUCAAAAUUUAGACGAUGAGGUUUCCGAGAUUACUUCUGUUCAAAAAGAAGUAAAACCUACCUCUAGAUUGUGUACCCCAGUUCAAUCAAGUCCAAAGAUAAAACGCAGCAAUAGUGUUGAAGUUCAAACUAUAAGUUCACCGAAGGUAGCAAGAUCUGCAAGUGUAGAUAUCACUAAAACACCAAAUAAAGCAACAAUUAAUCUACAAGAAGUCCUAACCGAUUCCAUACAAACUAUUAAUACGGACUCAUACAGUCCAAGACCGAGCGUUGAAUUUGUCGCUGAAAUACCUCCAAUUAAUAUACCAGAGACAAUUGUUGAAGAAGACUCUGAGAUUAACGAUUCACAAGAUUUCCAUUUAGAACUAUCACCUACUUCUGAUAUUGAGGGAAUGGAAAAACCAGAGACUAAAACUCAUUAUAAUAGUGAUCCAGUAGUUAAAAGUACAGAAGAGAUUUUAGAUUCCGGUAAAACUCAACCAAUAAGAAGCGAAGGAUUUAAUUACUCCGAUUUGAGUAGCAAUUUAUCUCAAACAAUCCCUAAAGGUAAAACUACAGACCAAGAAAGCACAGAUAGUGCUUGUUCUGUAAUCUUAGACAGCCCUGAACAUCUACCUAGUGUCCCUUCUAAACUCAUUUCUAAAUUAUCCAACGGAAACUCUUCAACACCAACGGAAAUAGCUCAUGUGAAAAAUGAAGAUAGUGAUGGUACACCUGAUUUUGUUAAACUAAACGGUAGAAAAUUGAAAAAAGGUAAAAAUGAGUCAUUCAGAGCAAGUAAUGCGACCACACCUUCAACAAUAUCACCUCUACAAAAUGGCCACUCGUUACCAAUAAGUACUCCACAAAUACCAGCAUUUGAUAUCCACGUAAGCCAUAAUGAGGAUUUUGAAUUCUUAUCAUUGUACAUUGUUAGAACAGACAAUGAUACUGGAAUAGAAAUGUGCAAAGAAUAUCAAAGGAUUUCGAAAAAGUUCUCCAUAGAUCCAUAUUUAGGUGAUGUAUCUGUUAGUACAUCACCAUCAAGUGUUACCAGUGCGGGAAUGAUAAAUCUACCUAAUAGGAUCUCUUUCGCAUCUACCGUUAGUUCAUCAUCAACUUCAAGUAAUAGAACUAGUGAUGGUGCGUUUGUAGUUCCCCAGCCACCGAGGAAAUCAAUUUCAAACCCGAGUGUAUCAGUCAUAGGAUAUGAUGCCCUAAUGAAGAAGUUACAAGAUAUAUUUUCGCAUCUCCGUGAUACUUCAAUAGAUGAAGGCAAUCGUUCUUUAGCUGAAGAUAAAAUAUCCAUUGGCAUACAAACAUCUACUGAAACCAUCAGUAAUGGAAAUGCAAGUCCCGAUGAAGUCAGUAAAUGUGAUAAAGCGACACCAAAAAGCUCAUUAAAAAAGACUCGAGUUAGGGGUCGCAGACAUAUGGGCAAUAAGACCAAACGGGCAAUCUUACCAACACAAAAUGAAGAACCAGAACACAUGCAUGGUAUGAAUUCACCAGAAAUGGUCCCAACUAACGGAGAUAGUGGAAAAAUAUCCCCUAUAAAGUCUCCUAAAGAUGAAAAACCUUUAUCAACUUUAGUAGGAACCCCUAAAUCUAUUAGUAAAUUGAAACAAAAACGUCGUCCGACUUCCCCUAGACCGGCCACUCCAGUAGAAAAAGUUAUAAUAAAACCUGAAUAUCCCGGCUACCCUCCAGAUACGGUAGUCUUAGCUAAAUGGGUGGACAAACGUUAUUACUCCGGCAAAGUACUGGAAAUUACGGAACCUAACAAAUAUUUAAUUAAAUUUGAUGAUGGACAGAGUAAAGUGCUGUUGGAUGAGUUUAUAAUUUUUGGUGAUUUGAAGAAAUUACCUUUGCAAGGGCAAUCGGUUUAUGCUCUGGUAGAUGAGGAACAGAACUAUGAGCCGGGGCUGGUGCUUGGUGUUGAAGAGAAUGAUAAUGGAACUGUUACUUAUAAAUGCACUACUGAUGGUAUCGACACAACAGUAAUGGUGACAGCCAGCGAGUUGUACCUGACGGAGGACCAGGCGCGGGCCAUAAAGGAGACCUCGAGGUCCCGCUCCCCUGCCGCGCCCGGCACGCCGCGGAGGAGACACAACAGGGAACUGGACCUCGAUAAUAUUAUACAGGGUCCACGGAGCGCUCGCAGUCGAGAUAAAGGAAAUUCUAGCGCAAGGAAACGUGUCGCCUCUCCUAAGAGUCCUAAAGCAUCUACUUCAGGUGUGAAGACAAAAAGCACUCCAGUUAGUAGAAAGCGUUUAGCGAGUGAGAGCAGUGAGAUAAGUGAGAGUUCUAACUCUGCUCCCCCCACACGCCUGGAGGAAGUCGCGGGAGUGGAGCCCGAGGUGCAGAGGACUCCGAGGAAGAUUGAUGGAGUCAAAGCUGGUCCUCUACAACUAAAAGGCGCGGCGAAACAGAACAUCGGUAAAAAGAACUCCAAGCUGACGAAGUUCGAGAACGACGCGGACACGUGCAGCACGCUCGGGCCCAUCGUGCGCGACACCAAACUGUUCGAGGGACAGCACUUCCUGCUGACCUGCACUGACACACCUCGACGAGAGGCCAUGCCCAAGUUGGAGAGUCGCCACUACUCGUCGGAGGAGGAGAGCGAGGCGACGUCUGCGGUGGGCGGCACCGACACCGAGGACCUGGUCUUCUGCGACAAGCCCUUCAAUAAAGAACGACUCAAGGAACAGCUGGAGGCUGGCGGGGGAAUUGUACACAGUGACUUCGAGCUGGUGCCGAGGAGCAAGUACGGCGUGUGCCGGCUGAUCGCGCCGCGGCCCUGCCUCACCGCCAAGUACAUCCAGUGCGUGGCGGGCGGCGUGCGCGCGCUGGCGCACGGCUGGGUGGUGGCCAGCUGCCAGCAAGCCAGCAAGCAGGACGAGGACGCGUACGCGCUGCCCGCCGGCUGGUCCAUACUUAAAGAUGCCUUUAUUAAUUGGGUGCCGCCAUCGGGUAAACGCAACACAACAUUCUUCAAAGACAAACUAAUCCUGCUUUGCUGGGAACAGGACACAUUCGUUAAAUUCUGGGACAGAGUGUUAUCACUAGCCGGUGCCACCACAAGGGUGGUCAACGAGGAGAAUCUAAACAUGUCCGGGGCUUUAGCCCUGGUCACCGACUGCGAUUGCCCUCAUGAGGUGCAGAACAAAGCCAACCAGGAUAAUAUCCCGCUGGUUUCCACCACGUGGGUGGUGCAGUGCCUCAUCGAAGCGAGGGUGCUGCCCCCCACCAGCCACGAUAGGUUCUCCUUCAUGUAUACCGAGCUCGAAUGAUCCUGGGACUUCAAAAGGAUCCUCGUUAUACGUGAUUUUUGACACUUAAGAGGUUUCUUUACGGUAGUGACGUUUAUAGUGAUAAGUGACAAGUGACAAGUGACAAAUAUAGUGUUAAGUGACAAAUAUAGUAGUAAGUGACAAGUGCUCUUUGACUAUUUUCUCUAUUACUUUACUAUUUACUCUAAAACUACAUUAAUAAGUGAUUUUUUUUUUAUUUAAUUAUAUUUAAUAGCUUGAUUUAUUUUAUGAGCGCAGUUUUUUGACAAAAUUUGGUAUGACUCACAAUAAUGGUUAUUGUUUAUUUAAUUAUAUGAAAAUAUCAAAAUAAGUAACAAUAUUGAAAUCAUUUAUAUAAAUUAUUAGGUUAUCUGUCUGCUUAUCUCAGAUUAUAUAUUUGUUACAUCUGGGUUUUAUUAUACAGGGUACAAAUAUGAACCCUGACUAUAUUAAAUUUUUCUAAAGUAAGGGGAUAUGGAUUAAUAUUGUAAUAGUUUAUAGGUUAAAUUAUUAAGAGUCCCUUAGUAUAGAUUUACUAUGAAAAAUAGACAGUAAAUUACUAAGGUUUGAUUCUGAGUAUGGCAGCUAAUGUCCGUAAUUAAUUAAAAUAUUAGUAAUAACCUUUUAAAGCUGAAAUUGUUGUAUUUUUAGUUAUUGUAUAGACUUGUAUAUAAGGGCUCUAAUUAUUAUAUUAUAAUA